GUCAACGCCAAAAUAAAACGAGUAAAAGAACUUUUCAACUAGACCACUAAGUAGAAGUAAUUGUGUAUCGGGAAAGAAAACUAUGUAGAACGAUUUUCUUCCUGACUGUACAGGUUUUUGGUAAACGACAUUGUUUGUGAAGCAGAGCAGCCUUUCUCUCUCUUUCUUUCCUGGGGUCGAACACAACCAGAGCAGCGGGCUGUAUCACUUUAGCCGACUUGCUAGCUAACGUCAAGUUGUAAGAAAGUGGAGAAGACGGCUGCUAAACGGGAGCUUAUCCGCCUACAUAGACCUAUGCGACGGACAGAAGGUGAGUGAUGGAAACAAGAGAGUUGACCGUGGUAGCUGGCAGCUUUGUGGGUUUCCAGGCUCUCUUUUCAGUGGCCAGCCCGCUGCUCUCCUCUGCCAUCACACCAGGUUAUGGACGACUGCCUCCCACCAAGCUCACAGAGUGGAACUCCAGGUUGGUGUCAACGGUGCACGCCUUGAUUGUGGGAUUGUUCUGUCUGUACAUCCUGAGGUUCGAUGAUGCAGUCAAUGCAAACCCUGUCUGGGGUGACCCCAACCUUGUCAAGCUAAAUGUAGCCAUAACCUGUGGUUACCUCCUUUACGACCUUGUGCUGCUUGCAUGUAACUGGAGCACCAUGGGAGACAGCUUUUUUGUCUGUCACCACUUGGCGGCACUCUAUGCAUAUGGAUAUGUGCUGACACGUGGUGUGCUUCCUUACUUUGCCAAUUUUCGUCUAAUUUCAGAGCUGUCCACGCCAUUUGUAAAUCAAAGGUGGUUCUUUGAGGCGUUAAAGUAUCCCCGCUCACACCGGCUUGUGGUGAUAAACGGCGUUGCCAUGGCAGUGGUGUUCUUCCUGGUUCGCAUUGCUGUCAUGCCAUCUUACUGGGCCAGUGUAUUUGCCACCUUUGGCACCCCAGACUUUGAGCGGCUAGGCUUGGGUGCCCAGGUGGCAUGGAUCACCUCCUGCAUAGCCCUGGAUAUCUUGAACACUGUCUGGAUGUAUAAGAUCACCCGUGGGUGUUACAAGGUUCUGACAGGAGGAAAAGGAAGAAAGAGCAAAGAGGAAGCGGCAGCAGCAUCUCUCUCUGAUAAGAAGCAUGUCAACAACCACACAGACUAAAGAGAUGCAGGGCAGAGGACAUAGACAGGGAGGGAGGCUGGACAUCCAGGAACCAACAGCCCUCUUUCUUUUGCUGUAGCCCCAGAAUCCCUCACACCUCCACCCACAAGUCCCCAAUCCAAUCCUCCGUGAUCCUUGUGUCAACUAGUGCAUCAGGCAAAGAGCCAAUGGCCUCUGUGCCUGAAACGGGAUAAGGACACUGCUCUUGGCUCACUUCAGCACCAGCCUUUGCAGCCUCAGUGUUUUCACUGACAAAUUAAAGCAUUCUGAUGGGUGAUGGCUUUCGGCUGCAGACAACUAGGUAAAGCUCACAAGCACACUUCAACCCUGUCUGUCACCUGCCUCUCCUCCCUACCACCAUUCCCCACUCAUUCCCUCUCAUGCUCAACUUCAGCCAAAGCCCAACCCUGUGAAGUGCCUGUGAGAGACAUGGAGGCAAUAAUUAUGGAGGAACAGGACCACAAAGUCCAUCAGAGCUCACCCCCUACAGAACACAACCAUUUCCUUCUCACUGAUAUUUUUUGAUUGGCCAGAGGCUUCUUCUUCUCUUGUUUAUGCUCAGUUCACACUUGAGGAGAUGUGGCCUACUAAGUGAAGAACUCUUACAACAGACCCAGACAGUGUUUGAGAAUCUAUAGGGCUCUUGACUAAAACUCAUCAGACCUCACUAAAAGAGACAGAAAAAACACCUUAAUGCCUCUUUUACAGUUUCACCUGCUGUGGCCUCCUUGUGACAAGUGGCAUCUGCCUAGAUCACCAGCCAUGCCCCUCCAACCUUCUUAUUAUCUGGAUUAUAUAUCAAAACAGAGUAUGCAUGCAGGAGGAAGAGAGAUACUCUCCAACAACCUUAGCUUCUCUAAAGACAAUUUUGCCUUUUCAGUAUUCAUUGUGUUUGGAUUACUGCGCUGCACUUUGUGCUUGUUAUCCAUUUUUUACACUGCUCAAAGUUCUGUGCAUCUACAGAAACAUCUUUAAUUCACUUUACAUCCAUUGGUACCGUCUGCCUCACCUUAGUAGGGCUUGACCAUCCAUCCUGAACCUUUGCUUUUGUUCUACCUCUCUUUCCAUCUCAGAAAGACUUCAUGAGCCCUCGUAAGUCAUCCUUUUUUCUGUUUAGAUUUAUUUUAAACUUUAAAAUGUUAUCUUUUGUUAUUCCUUCUUAUUCAGAGGAAUUUUAUUUCUCCUUUUCCCUUCUAUCAUCCCCAGAGAUUGUCCCAGCAAAUGCAGAACAAUUGAACAGCAUCCUUUUUUCACAAUUAAAUGUGUCCAGUGUACAACAACCCCGUAGGCCUUUAUAACCCUUUUAGCUCCUCUUUCCUCAUUGACUGACAAACUAUUUAAGGAAAGGGGCAUGAUAAUCUUCACACAUGCAACAAAGUUUUCUGCUCCCUCUCCUAUAGUUUUCAGUUGCAGAAAUGUGAAAAACCAAACACUGUAUUUGGUGCCCUUUUAAACACCCACAUGGUGCUCUUCCUUUUGCAGAAUGAUAGCAACAGGACAGCUAGCAAUACAGUAUUUUUUAUGAAAAUAUAAUUUGAAUGUACCUAUGUCAGAAAUUGGUGGUCACUGUCAAAAGCAAUGGGGCAGUCUGCAUGUUAUUAGUUUCCUGUAUAAACUAUAUUAUUACAUAGAGCAUGGUAAGAUCGACAUACUUCUGUGAAUAGUCAAGGAAGAUGAAUUACAUCUUAAUAUCUACUGCAUUUAAUCCAAUGCAAAACAGGGAUUUGCCUUCCAAAGCAGUUACUGUUUUUUCACUCAGAGCAUACUUAGUGCAUGUAUUUUUGAUUCCUUUUCCCUUUUCCUGCAUGUCUAUACUGCAUAAACACAUACAGGAGCUAAGCAGAUACCCGCUGCAUACUGUAUGGACAACCCACUGAACAUAACCACAUUGUUUGUGUGCCAGCUGGCAUAACCUGGUGUCACAAAUUCAUGAAUUCUUCUUGUUAUUCAGUCAGCUGUCACCAGACACCAAUGACUACAUAGCUGAUGUCUUGACAGACAGAGAUACAAGAGGAUGUUUUAAAUUUGGCUCUUGCCAAAGAAAACAUUUGUGAUGAACAAGCUGUGAUGUUUACAUCUUUUUUUUUUUUUUGUUUUUUUUGUUUUUUGUUGUUUUUUUUUUUACUUUCAGGAGUACUCCAUCAAUAUAGCAUUAAAAUUAUCAAACAUUGUUAGACUUGGAAUAUGAUGUUUUUUGAGGGUUUAGAUCAGUAUAGCUGAGCCAGACAUUUUUAGGCCAGGGAUCCAUCCAUGUAGUCCACAAAUGUAAUGCAAAUGUGAAGAGUAAGAACCAGCAUAUACACCUGCAGUGGCUAAUUCUUUAUUUUCUGUAUCUUUCUUCUUAAAAACUUGUUUCUUCCACUCGAAGCUCAUGCAAUUUUGCACUGCCUAAAGUUUGCUGGAGUUCUACUCAGCAAGAAUGUUUUGAAGUGAAGCAAAACACAAUUCUCAAACUAUAUCAAACUACCUUUUUCUGCCACUGGUUUGCAUUGGUGCACUAGCUUACUAGUUUAAGCCUGCUGAACAGUAAAAUCCUGUACUACAGAGCAUGGACAAAGUGUGCUCAAAUAGGCAAGUAGGUAAUUUAGCAAAAUGUUAAAACAACAACAAAUUUACCAAAAAGAUUAUGUGUUUCAGAAAUAAAUUGCCUACAUAGCAUACUACACUUGUAUGGAUUGCCUUUUCAUACCAUACAUUCUUUUUCCAUAUAUUAAAUGCCUAGAUUACCUAUCUCAACUUCUUACAAUUCAAUUUAGGUUGGAGUGUGUCAGUGGAUAGAGUAGCAGCUAAUCUAGCUUGUCUUUCCACUUCUUCACCUCAAAAUGUUUUCUCUGAAAAGUUUUGACACUCAACAGCAGUGUCAGAGACUUGUCACAAUUUGCACAACUGUCUCUGGAGCAGGAGAAAGGUCUAUUACUUUUUUAAACUAGUAGUUAGCACUCUCCAAGACAUUUAUUGGGACAUGUAAAUAUCGGUGGUCUCUUAUAAGUCUUGUUAUCUUUAGUUUAUAGCUUGUUAUAAUAGUCUGAGAAUGUCUGGUGGUGUUUUCACUGUGGAACUCUAAAGCACACUCCCUGUGGAGCAAUAACUCAGCGAUCUCCUGUAUUUCUGUCUGUCACCACAGAGGAGGGGCUACAUAUCUUGUGCCUUUAGUGGAUGCGAUGCAGCCAGAUUUUGGAUUAGCAUGAACUUUAUGAUGUAAUAUCCAGCAGUUAUCUCCUCUGUAUUCCACAUGCGUACUGUCUGUAUAUAUUUUUGUAAUUUGCUUGCACAAUGAUUAUUCCAGCCAAGUAUUAUUAUCCAAAGCUGAUCCCUCUUGGGGAGCCUAUUUUGUGUUGAAUUUUGUGCUCUUCUGAAUGAAUACAGGGGCAUGUUCUCAUGAGUGUUGUGAUGGGAUAUUUAGUGGCAUUAAGAGGAGCUGUUAGUGUCAAAGAUAAUCAGAAUAGAAAUCAAACUGUACUUUUGGCACAAGCUCUUUAAAGACACUGUUAGUAAAAAGGAAACGAACAUCUCAUUUCUCUGCCUUCCCAAACACAAAGCUGUGAAUAGCUGUCGGAAAAACUGUCACACCACAAGUCUAAGUCUGAGAAGAUGAGAACUAGAAUGGACGGUGGAAGAUUUUUUGAUAGUGGCUGAAUAUUGAUGCUGGUACCCUUGCAGUAGCAAAUUCUUUGCUUUUAGUGACACUUCUCUCUGAUGCAGGUCUCCUGUGCACAGUAGAAAUUCUAAGAGUGAUGGUAUGUUGUCUGGUUGUUUAUGGUCUGGAAGUACUGAGAGAUUUUGUAUUUAUCAGGGAUUUCUAACGAAUUUAUUCCACCGCCUGGUAUUUAUGCAGUAUCUCCCACACUGCAGCUGAAAAUUAACAAACUGAAUUUAAACUUAGGGAACUCGAUAAGGCUGCUUUUGUAAGGCCGUGACCUGUAUUGUCAGGCAAGAGCAACCACAUUGCCUUUGUCUUUGGGGAUGCCAAUGUUCAUCGUAAAUUAUAAGGAAUAUAUUUUAAUAUAAGUAUCACAAAGGUAUUUACAGGUGAGUAUAUAUCUGUGAUCAAGUGUGGCGGCCAGAUGGACCAUUAAACCUCUGUUUAGGGGAUGUUUGAUUUGGAUUGCAGGAUGUCUUCUUUUAAGGUACAUUAAAGCAAAGCUGCACAGCAGUCUGGUACUCCGACUGUAUAUUCUGCCUGAUUUUUCAAGGUUACCUGGGGUUCUUAGCCAACUCUGAUUUCUACCCCAAUUUCAUUCUUCUGAAUUACUUGAUUUGAAGUGUAAUCCUAAUUGCACAAUGAAAAACGAUAAACUGAACAUUAAUAUAUAAUGUUUGAGAAUGACUGGAAUAUUUACAGACAAGCUAAUGAUCAAUUACCUUGCCAGUUUUUGUCUCUUCUUUGAUUUUUUUUUUCUUUUUUUUGCCAGUUUGACUUAUGUUGAUCUCUCCUUUUGUCUUCUUUUAUUUGUCUUUUAAUGCAAUGCAAUUUAUUGUCUUGAUCUAUCUUUGUUUCCUGGAGAUUUUAAUGUGAAACAAUCUACACUACACACAGACUUUAGGGUCCUUGUCUGAGCAUUACAAUGUGACUUGGAUUGUUGUCAUCAACAAUGACCACUUCUAAUGAUUAUGUAACUGUA